CCAUAUUGAAUUUAAUGUAGAAGACUCAUCAGCAUAUUCAGGAGUGUUCAAAUACAUGUAAUUUAGUGUUUUGUAUUUGUAAAUCUGUUUGCUGACAAACUGACCUAAUGUUAAAGACUGCACAAAUUCCUAUGUGCACCUGGUGAAGAUUUUGAGCACGCUAUCUCUCAAUCUGCAAGCGGGCACUACUGCAUCCUAGUCCAAAUAAUUGUACGUUGACGGAUUUUUUUUAGAUUUUUGAUAUGGCAAAUCCUUCACGUACAAAUUGUUUAGUAUCAAAAGUGGGUAUUUGUUCCGAUCAGGAUUCCGGGUUAAAGCAUAUAGCGUCUAUAAAAUAUCAUAAAAACAAGAAAUAUUACCAGAUAAUGUUAUUUUAUAUUAGUUCCGUACACAAAAAAAUAAAUAUCCAACUUAUAAUUAUGAGUUUGACGGCUUUUUUUCAUUUCAUUCUGUCAAAACAUGAAGAUAUAUACAUGAAGGGCACCUGCAAGGCCAUAGGGCACAGUUUUAAAUCGCUCGGAACAUUUCGGCCAUGGCCAAGUUGUUACGAUUGUAUAACGAGGUCUAUCUCGAAGCUUUGUCGGAGAAGGCCGAGCUAUUACGAUUGUAUCGAGUUGUUCCCCUUCGCAUAAUUGUUGUCUGUGUCAGUCAACUUAAUUGGAAAGACAUUCAUAUCAACCAAAUCUAAGUAAAGAUGGGAGCUGGUCCACUUGUUGUUGAAAUCAUCUGCACAUGUUUCCUUGCUGCAUUCCUGUUGCAUCGCUAUGGUGACCUGAGGAAACAGCAUGUCCUUGUGACAUUAUUUACAUUCAUAGCGUGGUAUUUCUCAUUUAUGAUAAUAUUCAUCCUACCACUGGAUGUCUCAAAUACAUUUUACAAGCAAUGUGUGGAAGAAGAGCAUCGAAGAUCAAUCACGACAGCAAGCCCAACACAGGCUCCGUCAAAUGUGACAACAUCAGCCCCAGAGAAUGUCACCACACCCACCCUGAGUCAUGUUGGGCUGAGGUCUGUGAGCAUAGUCCAUUGUGAGGCCCCAGUGUCUCAUGUGCCGGACCAUGUUCUGCCCACUCUGUGGAAGAUUGUGUACUGGACAUCACAGUUUCUCACAUGGCUUUUGCUCCCUAUGAUGCAGUCUUACUCUCGAGCCGGAGAUUUUACAGUGAUGGGGAAACUGCGGUCAGCUAUCCUAGAGAACAUGCUGUACUAUGGCACAUACUUGCUCAUAUUUGGCAUUUGCCUGAUCUAUGUUGCUGCUAGACCUGAUUUGCACAUUGAUGGUGAGAAACUGAAGGUGAUUGGUGUAACUGCUAGCAACACCUGGGGUUUGUUCCUGCUUGUGUUGUUGCUAGGAUAUGGACUGGUCGAGGUGCCACGCUAUGUGUGGAACCAGUCUAAACACUCAUACAUGCUCCACAGGACAUACUUCAAGAUUGCCAAACAGAGCACGGAAAAGACAGAGGCUGAAGAAAAUCUGGAAGAUGUUUUAGAGGAAGUUAAGCAGGCCUCGGAAAAGAUCCGCUACAAUCAUUCCCUUCGAAAACAUGUGGAAACAAUAUUAGAAAAAUGCCCUGAAUCUGUCAAAAACAGCAUUAGUCGAAAUGAGGACUAUGAGGAUUACAACAAGAGUAUCGACACGCCAGCUGAAAAGAGCCUCGCCAAGCUUCACCGUAAUGUGAUAUACGCGAUGCAGACAAACAAACGCCACCAGACACAGUGGAGCAUGAUGAUGCAGACAGCGUUUAACCUUGAAGAUCAGAUCCUCAAUGAAAUGAGUGUGGAUAAGCGAUACAAGCACAGCUUUCCCGUGCAGAGAAACAAGUUAAUGCAGCAAUUCUUUACCCCGACUAUUGAGUGGUACUGGCGGUGCCUGUGUGCCCCAUGGGUGUGUCGUGUCCUCGCCAUUCUGCUCACCGUGUUCUCGUUCAUGGUCGUCUGGUCAGAGUGUCUCUUCUUCAUCAAGGAUCCUGUUCUCUCCAUCUUUGCUGUGUUUAUCAACCUGGCAAAGGAAAACUAUGACUAUGUCUACAUCGAGUUUGCCGGCAUUAUAACGAUAGCGUACAUCUGUACAUGUGCGUACUACAGUGUGUUCCAGAUCAAGAUCCUCAACUACUACUACAUCGCCCCCCACCAUCAGACCAACGAGUACAGUCUCAUCUUCACCGGCAUGUUGCUAUGUCGAUUGACCCCACCGAUGUGUCUCAAUUUCCUGGGCCUGAUCCACCUUGACAGUCAUGUGACCCACUCGGAGAACAUCCAUGAGACCGCAUACACGCUGAUAAUGGGCCAUAUGGACGUGAUCCCGAUUAUAUCAGAUGGGUUCAACAUCUACUUCCCGAUCAUGAUUGUGCUGCUGUGUAUCUGCACAUACUUCAGUCUGGGUUCCCGCAUUCUCCACUUCCUGGGCAUCAACCAGUUCAUUGGGGAUGAUGACCUCACACAGGAACUCGUUGAUGAGGGCAAGGAGAUUGUCAAAAGAGAGCGUCGUCGUCUUGACCGUAAGCUUGACAGUGAGCAAAGACGUCGGGAGUGGACAUCACGGUUUGGUGAUUCCUCCUCCAGCACUCGGAGUAACAGGCUUGAGUCGUCAGAGGACAUCAAGAUAAGGCCUGGCACUACAGGGCAAGCAAAGAUAGAUGCUGAAAGCAUGGAUAGUUGUAGCUACACUGUGCCCAGAAGUGUGAGCACUCAUGAUAAGAGUGGGCUCAUAAACGAGGAAGAGCCCGUAGACUUUAGAGAUGAGUCUGUGGGCUCUUACACCACGCCAAAUCCAGUGGGAGGGUACCAGACCAGCUCCCAGUUCACACGGGCCAAAGCGCACAGACCUACAGGCAGGGCUCCCCCCAAGGGAAUCUUUGAUGAUGUAUGAUUGUCAUAUGUGUUGCCAAUGUUAGAAACAAUUAGUACUCAUUAUAUUAAAUUCUCAUUUGGUUGUGUUCAAAUUAUUCAUCAUAAAAUUAUAACAUUGUUACCAAUAUAAGUGUCACAUGUUGUACAAAGUGAACAUUUGAUAUAUAAGUUUUCUUCUAUCUUUCUGCUAUACACCUGUGUACUGACAAAACUGUUUGACAUGCAUGUAUCUACAUACAAACAAGAUUCCAUAUUCAUUUACAGCAAGAUGUUUAACACUUGCUGAUUGGGGCAUUGUAUGUGUAACACUUACUAUUUAUCAAACUGAAAACUGAUCAAACUUCCUUGCAGCGAUUUUUCUUGACUCUUUUUUUACAUGUACCUACAUGUUUAUGUUAAGACCAGACAAUUAAUUGUACACAGUUAUGUUAAAGUAGACAAUUAGUAGAUUUGCUUAGAAUAUUAGCAUAAAUGGGCAAUAUUCACAAAAUUUCUUAUUAGAUGUUUUAAAUUCUGGCUAGUAAAACAGAAUUGUCCAAUACAUAAGCUGUCUGAUACAUUGAUCAUUAAUUUCCUUGCAAGUAUUACAGAUACUCAAGUAAUUGACUUGAUGCUUGAAUAAGAUUAGGUCUACUGUCUGUAAUGAACCAGUUGCUAUAGCAAUUAUUGUGACAUGUGGUGGUCAUUUGUUGGAGGUUUACCAGUUAAUCCAUUGGAUAUUGCAACCAUGUGCUUAUAUUUAUUUACAAUACAUACUCCUAUUAUUGGGCAACUGAUUGUUUGAUUGUCAACUGGCGACUUGUCAAUUGUGUUUAAGGAAGGAAUCUAUAAGCAUUUAAGUCAAUGUGUAAUUUUGUUUGUCAAGGUACUUCACAGUCUUACAGUCUCAACAUUGCUACUACUGUUUGCAAAUUAAUGAAGCAAUGUGUACUCAUUAAUUAGCUAGAAACAGCAUGAUGGUAAAGCAUUUUUGCAAACAAGAGGCAGUCAAUUUGUUCCGCACGAUUUAGUACAGUCAAUUUUCAGCAUAAUUUAGGGCGUUGAUUUCAUUGGCUUAGUGUUGUGAAACCAAUCCAAACUAAACAUGUAUGGAUCCUUUGCGGGUGUAUGAGCCCACCCCUUAGUAGUUAGUCCCACCUUGAUAUGUGAAACUCUGACAUGGGCCGUCGAUUUUCCUUGAUGUGUAAAGUAAAUGGACAGGCUAUAGAUGCUGCUCUUGAUUCAGAAUUCACUUGAUGUAAUAGGGUGACCAUUCAAUGCACCAACAACUUCAAAUGCAAAGUUCAUUUGCAAACAGUAGUACAAUGACAGCUUCAAUUAUUUAUAUGGGGUAGUCUCAGUGUCAUGUCAAUUGCAUUUGAUAAAUAUUCAUAUAUUUCAGACUUUCAAUGUUAUUAGUUUAUUAUCAUGUAGUUGCAUAAUGAUCAAACCAUAUAUGUUUACCUGUAAUAGUUAAUGUUAAAUUUCUUGAUGUGGUGUGAGAGUGAGAUGUGAUAAAUGAUUGACUUUUGAAAGUUUUGAUUGUGAACAGUCUAGACUGUACAAAUGAUUAUUGUACAUGUUCAUUUCAUCACCUUCAUGCAAGAACUAAAUAUGUGCAUAUUGAAAUAGAAGCAGAUAUUGAGUUCUUGCACUAAGGCUACGAUUUACAUGCUUGAUAUGCAUACCCUUUUUCAUAUAAGCUUUCCUGUAUGGUCACAUUUGUGUUGCGAGUCUGGUCUGGGGACAUGGACAUUGAAGACAUGGUGGCCAUCUUUUCCACAAACGUUCUACCAAAUAUCAUGAGAUGAAGAAUUUCAUUUCAAUAUUACAUCAGUGUCACAAAUUGAGUUAACCCCAUUUUACUUCCAAGAUUAUAUAUAUAUAUACACUAUUAUUGUACUGUCUAAGAUGAAUGCACAUUUUUGCAAUGUAAACUCCAUGUGACAUCGAUGAAACUUGUGGCCUCAUUGACACUGCCACUGCUCAAGCAGCCUAAUUUAUACUAGGCUCAAUUGUCUUCGAAGUGUUAUUUUUCAGCGUUGUAGUUGAAUUAUUGCAAAUGUUCAGCAAAUAAGGAACUUUUGAAGUGCGUUCAUCCGUGUAUGAAAACAUUUGGUAAGUGCACGGAUAAUUAUGAAGUCCUUUAGAAUUCACUAACCUUGUACUGAUGUUUUUGUACACAGAUGAACCACAAUACUCGAACAAUUAAUCCUUAAAAUCUUGGUCUAUACUGAAAAAGUAUAUUUUGAUGCAGCCAGUAACAACUGAAGUCAAUGGCUAUUAGUUUUCAGAAAUCAUAAUAGAAAAUAUGGUGUAUUUUUACAAACAAAAAAAAAACAAAUAUUUAAUCAAAUUAACACUUUUUCUGCUUCAUUUAAAAGAUUUGGCUACAAACAAAAAUAGAAUUGGCAUAUACGUGGCAAUCAAAAUACUGUACAAAUAUUAUGACAAGUUGUUGUUAUUUCUUAUCUUCACAAAUAUUAGUGAUUGAUGCAUCCAGUAUCAAAUGAUAUACAAUCUGAACAGUAAAACUAUACAUACAUGGGGACUAUAUAUUGGCAUGGACCUAUAAACCAUGGAUUGGCAACUCUCAUCUGUGUUAAUGCGAUAAUCUCAAACUCACGCGUGCAGCGGGAUUUCAUUCCGAGAUCUUACCGUGUGGUCAUUUUCGAGACGUCCGACAUCGGCCGAAUAUAUACAUGUAGGAAAACAUUAAUUAAAAUUGACUCAAAUGCGCGGUACUUUCAUUUGAGUUGAUAAUAGUCCAAUGGAAUCUGAUUAAAAUCACAGUUAUUAAUUAUGACUAAAUCUAUAACGAACAAGGCAUUAUUAGCAGAGUUGGCGGAAAUAACCGAAGAUCACCGUUAAUCACCAAUUGGAGAUUCGGCGGAAUUUUCCGAUAUUUUCCGAGCGCGCGCUAAGGAUUAUGGGUAAAUUAUUAUUUCUUAUCGUUUAACUGAUAUGGGGCAGUUGCCAAUCCAUGGUUUAUAGGUCCGUGAUAUUGGGUAUGUCAUAAGAUGUGAUAUAAUUUUUUAGCCAAUGAUCAUUUCAAAUGCAUUUAUGUGCAAAUGAAUAAUGGCACAUGUAAAGAUAUGACCCUGAAUGCAUGUUGUGUGUGUUAUACUGUUAGAUUACCUCAAUUUAUUCUUAUUAUGUCAUGAACUCCAUGUUGUAUUAUGUUUUGAUCUGACACAAAAAUGGAAUAUUAUCGGAUAUGACAUUGUGAUCUAUAUUGUUUGUACAUUUGUUGUUGUUAUCUUUUAUUUAUUGCAAUAAUUGUUAUAGAUGAUUUACAUAUUAUAUAAGACAAUAUGGGUGUUGUGGUUGUUAUAGUUAUGACAUCAUAAGUUUGCAAUGUGAUGAGCCAGUUAAUCAUUGUGAUGUAUAGAUAGUAUCUUUCUACUUAUUAUAUUCUUAAGCUAUGUUAUGCCACACUGCUUUUGAAUGAAUUGGAUUGCUUAUUAUUGGAAAGUAAGUGUGUGGUCAAAGUUUGUCACUUUAUUUUGAGAUCCUGAAAGAAAUUUACUAUGUAUAUAUAUAUAUAAUUAUAAUAAAUGAUAAAUAUAUUUACAAUGAAAAAAUAAUGGCUGUAAAUAACAGUUACUGUAAAUAGAUCUGUGAGUAGAUCAUUGUCAUUAUAUAGAAAUCCAUUUUUACUCACACCAGACAAAAAGAUAUACACAGAUUUGUGCUGAUAAUGAUGUUGCAUGCAGUAAAAUGAUGUCCAACAUCAAGCUUAUUAUAUUUUGCAGCGGACAUUCAAAACAGGCAAAUUUCAAAUUUCCAUCACUCUACAAAUUACUAGCAUUCCUCCACUUUCGUAUUUUAUACUGCACAACUGCAACUCAGAAUAAGAAAUUCAAUUUAGUUUAUCCACUAUUGGUUACUUUUUUGUUUUGUUGGUCAUGCAUAUAACCUUGUAUGUAAUAGCCAAGUAUCAUUUGAAUGGACAGAAAAUGAAAUAAUAAAAAUGCAUGCUUGUUUUUUUUUUCAGCACUGCCUUUUCCAUCUCUAAUUCUUGUAAACCUAUAUAUUAUUAAAUAGCAUCACCAUUUGUGGUUAUGCUCUUCAACAUGUUGGUUUAUAGUUGGUAACUUUUAUUUGCCAGUAUGAAUAAAAUAUGGGAAA